AUGGCUGAAGAACAUCAAGAACCAACACCACAACUCACAGCAUCCGAUGAUGUAGUAUCGGAUAAACCUCUACUUGAUCCAACAGUAACAGGUAAUAAUGAUCAUCAUCAAGAGGAACAACCGACUCUCACUAUUGGUUCCAAGUUAGAAACAGAACAACCACGUUCAAAUAGAACAACACCAACCUCUCCACAUCAUUUGACAAUUAUCAAUCCAUCAGCUGGUACUGUUAGUAGUUCCGAAUCUAUUAGUGAGGAUGAAUAUUUGGAAAGACUUCAUGAAAAAUAUAGUCAAACUCCAUCUUCAGAGUUGGGGAUUUCUUCAUUCUCAACUUUUGGAUCUAUGAACACUACUUAUUUCCAUACAGAAACUGUAUCUUCAGAAUCUACUCUUACCCCAAAGAAGAGUGAGGACAUGAGUGCAAAUGAUUUUGUUGUUGAUUUGUGUUAUCAAAAUACUGAAACAGGUUUAAAUACCUGUGGAUUGGAUGAGGAGAUUAAAAGCCCAGAAGAUGAUGAAGCCCUCGAUUUAUUAGUUGGAAAUGGCUCUGUUCAACAUACUUCCGAGCCAAUCGCUUCCCUUACUGCUGAUUCAACUGAUCUUACUGAUGACGAAUUAUUGAGAUCAAGUCAACCACCAAAAGUUCCACCACCAUUUAACUCAAAAAAGAGCCAAUUCGAAGCAGAAAAAAUGGAAAUGUCCAAAUUUCAUCUUCCCCCUGUUCCAGCAUUUAAGAAAAAACCACCACCAUUGCAAACCCACCAAUCCAGAAAUAUCAUAUCAAUUGCAACACCAAGUCCACCAUCUUCUCUCAAAUUGAUUCUCCAACAGUACAAUAUUUUACAUCACUCUGUUGUACAUCUCACUUUAAACAAUAAGAAUCAAAAGAUUAUUGUACCUAUGCUUAAUUCCAAUGUGAUAACUCUGGCAAGAGCAGCAUCUCUUUCUUCUUCUUUGACCAACAUUUUUGAAGAUAAGGUACCAGUUAAAGUUUUCCAAAAUGGAAGUAAUAGUGGAAGUGAUGACAUUUAUUUAUCAACACAGUCUGGAAAUCAAAGAAUUACAGCCCUAGAAUUGGAUUGUAAAAAUCCUGUACUCUGUUUGAAAUCAUUGGAAGAUAUUCUCUUUGUCACAACAGUUUUGCCAUUAUCAAAUUUCCAAGUGGAAGAAGUAACCAUUAGCAAUAGCACAACACAAUCCGCUCAUAACUUCCAUAAAGUGAGAGCUAAAGAUCCACAAGAAUCUCAAGUUAUUGUCUUUGCCACUGACACACAUAUUGAAAUUCCAUUAACAGCCAGUGAUGAAUUUAUUAUUGAGGAUAUUGGAAGACUUACUGCAUUUGAAGAAUCUCUUUCUAUUUGUCCACAUGGUGAACAUUAUAUCGUUAGAGGACCUGGAAUCAAAAUAUCUAAUUUAUUGACCAUCACCUUGUUGUUGGUUAUCUUGUCGAUUUGUUCUACAACACUUGUUGAAUCGAGACAGGGAAAACUCUCACACAUUAUCAAACAAGCACAACAACAAGAUAAAUUCUCUGAUUGUGAUGGAGCACCAAAUACUAAUACCAUCUAUACAAGACCACCAUCCUUUGUCAGAUCAACACAAAAUGGUAAACGUUUCCUUGCUGGUGCUGGUGAUGAUACCAUGUUUUUGGUUCAUGUUUAUGGAUCAGCCUAUGAAAUGGGUAAAGCCUAUGGUGAAUUGUUUAAACCUGAAUUGAGUGUUUUAAUUCCAACCUUUGAUAAGUAUUUGGAUGACUUAAUCUUGAAUAUGACACAUAUUCUUGAUAAGUUGCCAAAGGAAUGGGCUGAAUAUAUUGUUGAAUUUGGUUUGGAGUCUGCUCUUGAUUUAAAUUAUGAAUUUACUAAAUCAUAUGUUCCUAAACGUUUCAUUGAUGAAUUACAAGGUAUUGCUGAUGGUUCUGGAAUGAGUUUUAAAUCAUUGAUCCGUAUGAAUUAUAUUCCUGAAAUUAUUCAAGCUGCAUGCUCAAUGUUCGGAGCUUGGGGUGAUGCUACUAAAUCAAUUAAUGGAACCUUGUUGCAAAUUCGUGCAUUGGAUUGGGAUAUUCACAGUCCUGUCAGAUCAUGCAAAGCUAUGGUUGUUUAUCACCCAACUGAACCUGGUUCUCAAGCUUUUGCUAACAUUGGUUUCUGUGGUUUGAUUGGUUCUAUUACUGGUUACAGUAAUUCAAGCAUUGCCAUUUCUGAAAAGGUUUGGUUGGGCCAUCCAGAAAAUAAUGCUAGAAUUGGUAAGCCAUGGACUUUUGCUCUUCGUGAUGUUCUCCAAUUUGCUACUGAUUUGGAUUCUGGUCUCACUCAAUUGAUUAAUACUCAAAGAACUUGCAGUAUUCAUGUUGGUAUUGGUUCUAGUACUAAUGGUGAAUUCAGAGGUGUUGAAUAUAGUGCCAAACAACUCAAUGUCUACAAUUGGAUGACUCAACCUGUCUAUCCACAACAUCCAAGAUUGAAGCAAGUUGUUUACUGGGAUAAGCAUCCACAACCAACUCACUCAUACUGUCUUGGUGCUUUGAUGCAAAAGUAUUAUGGUCAAUAUGAUGUUGAAACAGCAAUUCAAAUUAUGGGUAUGGCUGCCACUGGUAAUGUUCAAGCUGCUGUUUUUGAUUUUGCUAAGAAUAACGUCUACGUUGCUUACGAAAGACAAGACAAUGCUUCUGGACCAUUGUUUGCCUAUCAAAGAACCUUUAUCAAGUUUGAUAUGACUCAAAUCUUUGCUGAAAGAUUGUAAUUGAAUAUUGUCUAAAGGUUGUAAAUUAAUAAUAAAAAAUGUCUAACGAAG